CAGCAGUUGUGGAGAGAGUGUUGCAGUGAAUGUGUGCUACGAUUGCAGUCAUAAGUCAUAUGACAACACAAUCCAUACUAUAGUUAACAGUAAUUGUAACCCAAUUGCGAUCACAAGCAUUGUCUCAAACACUGAACACUCGCCACGAGUUAGAUAUUGUCCUCAAAUCCAGUGAUUCUGUGGCCAUGUCUUCAGAGAACCGAAGACCAGUUGACUCAACAAAAAGUGACCAAAAUGGCGGCGAAACUGGAAGAAUAGCGGCCACGAAGAGGUUGCAGAAGGAGUUAAUGGAUUUUGUGCUCAACUCAGACCAGUCGAUGACCGCCUUUCCCGACGGCGACAAUCUCUUCAGAUGGAUCGCGACCAUCACUGGACCCAAGGAUACACAAAAGCUACCUAACUUCAAAUUUAAUAACGACGGAUUUAUAGGCAAAACACGCGGUAAACACCAGAAAGAAUUGGUAACGAAGGACAAGUGGACGGCCCUAUACGACGUGCGGACUAUUCUCAUAUCCAUUCAAUCACUUUUAGGUGACUUUUACUCUUACCGUGAGCCCAAUCUGGACAGUCCUUUGGACGCAUUGGCGGCUGAGAAGUGGGGUCACGAAGACUACAAGCAAUUAGUUCUACUGUUCAUGGCCUUUAGCCAUGACAUUUUAGUUGAGCCAAUAAUUCACACGUUCGCAGACUAUUGCAUUUUGGGCUCUUUCUCGGCCUCAAUGGACGUCCAACGGGUGUUCUCAAUGGUUGCAUACAAGUCCUAUACAGUACCCCAUCAUCUCCUCAUUGAGUUUAUCGUCGAUGUAAUGGUUCUGUCCGUCGGCCACAUAUAUGGGUCCGGGAAUGAGUCCAUUGAGUCCAUACGACGACAGAUCACAGUUCUGGUAAUAGAGUGGCUGACCAUAGGAGGGCUGUCCGUAGACAUAGGGGUCGCCAUAAUUCAAAGGCAAAGCGGCUCCGUAUGGCAACAUUGGGUAGACCCAUAUGGGUUGGCCUGA